UUAAAGAUGGCAUUCGCUGGAAUUCUGAGUGACUCUGAUGUCACUGCAGCCCUUGCUGCUUGCCAAGCUGCCGACUCCUUCCACCACAAAGAGUUCUUUGCCAAGGUCGGUCUGGCCGGCAAGUCCACCGAUGACAUCAAGAAGGCUUUUGCUGUCAUUGACCAGGACAAGAGCAGCUUCAUCGAGGAGGAAGAACUCAAGCUUUUCCUGCAGAACUUCUCUGCUAGUGCCAGAACUUUGACUGACAAAGAGACCAAGGAGUUUCUCCUGGCCGGUGACACUGAUGGCGACGGCAAGAUCGGAGUUGAGGAACCAGCAUGUCCCUCACGUCCAUCCUCGCAGCAGAAGACAUUGAAAAUGCUGUGA